AAAAAACUCAAAUCUGAUCUUAGGCUAUAAUCACCAAACUUCCCUAAGUAGCAGAGCGCAUCACUACAAAGCACAAUAUCAUGGCUCUGCAUGUAUGACCAGACCGGGCCAAACUUUCCAUGAUGCACUCAUGAUGUACUCUCAUCUGCUCUAAGACCUCAUUGACCACCAUCGCUCACAGCUGUUAUCUGGGGCCCGCAGAAGACGCCAGCUGAAGCGCUGCUCGAUCGACUCGGACCUGAAGUCGUCAGGGAGCCGUGGCCGGACGGUCGGCUGGCCGGCACCCUCGCACGAGGCGGUGCCUGCCCGGCUGUUUGCUCAACACGUUCACCAACUGCAUGCUGAUGGUGGUGCCGGCCUGCUGAGGGACUGGCAGACCCUGCAGACCGCGCAGACCCUGACCGACGAGACGCAGACCAAACUUGUAGAACAGAUCGAUGGUCGUAUGAUGCGGGUUCACCUCCCAUCGCGUCUGUACCGCGCUCGUACCGCGCUUGUACUGCCCGCGUACCAUGUGGACGGGUACCGCCGGGCGCGGGCGUUCAUAGUGACAGAGCGCCCCGGCCCCGGGACCUCCUCUGAGGGCUUCUGGAAGCUGAUUUGGGAUCAGGGAGUCACCACUGCAGUCAGCAUCGGCGCUUAUCAGGCGUCUGUGACGUCACGUCUGCCGCCCGAGGCGGGCCAGGCGCGACCUUGCGGUGACCUUGAGCUGCGCUGCAUCGGCGACCACCUGCAGGCGGGCUGUGAGGUCUCCGAGGUGGUCAUCACCAAGCGAAAGAAGGAGAGGCGACUGAUCAUGUACCAGUUCACCGACUGUACCGAGUCAGGUCUGCCAGACGAUCCCCUGCCGCUACUGCAGCUAGUGCGGCGCACCCAGGUCACGGCAGAGGUCACUGCUACCACUACAGCUACUGCUACGGCAGCUCCACCGGUCCUGGUCGUCACAGGGUUGGACGGCCGAGGCACCGGUCUGUACGUGGGACUGGCGACUCUACUUACCCAGCUGUCUCGCAACCAAGAGCUGGCCGUUCUCUCCUACUGUCAACAUAUCGUAGGUCAGUGUCCUCGUCUCUUAGGGACACUAGAAGAGUACUCGCUCCUCCACGAGUGUCUCUUGGAGCGAGUCUCGGUCGGGGAGACGCUGGUUCCUCGCGACUCGGCUCAGACCUACACAGAGAGACUGCAGGGCGGCGGGAGACACAGCUUUCCCUACCCGACCGCCGAGACACAGUAUAAGAGCGUGAUAGCGCUGGGCGCGCGUCACUUCACGGUCGUCUCUGCCGCCAAGCCGUGUAACGAGGCCAAGAACCGCAGUCUCAGCUUCAUCCCGAUGGAGCCGUCACGGGUGCUGCUGCCGGGGGACGCUGCGCUGGAGGGCGCCAGCUACAUCAACGCCUCCUGGCUGCCAGGAUACCGAGUGAUGCGGGAAUACAUCCUAACUCAGCACCCGCUGCCGAGCACUGUGAUCGACUUCUGGCAGAUGGUCUGGCACUACCGAAUCACGACCGUGGCCUGCCUCUCUCCGGAGGGCUGCGGCGUGUUCUGGCCUUCUGAAGAGGAGGUCAUCCGAGGGUCCAACUUCGUCGUGCGAUACAUGUCCGAGAGCGCCGACUGCAGCGCCACCUACAAGACGUCCUGGGUGAUCCGCUCAUUUCUGCUGCAGUCCACUGUGGGUACCACUGAUGACGUCACGGCCCGGGUGGUCCACCUGCCACUCUGGCCGGAGGAGUGCUCGCUGGACUCAGUGAUGGAGGGGGUCGUCGGAGUGCGGAACAUCCAGGGUGACCGGCUGAACCCACUCGUGGUCGUCGAUAAGUACGGAGGUACCGAGGGAGCCAGCUUUUGCUUACUGAGCACUGUACUGCGGCAGCUUGAACAGGAAGCCAGCUUCGACAUAUUCACAUUCGCCAAGCUCUACCACCAGCGGCGACCGGGAAUCUGGAAAAACAUGCGUGAGUACCUGUACCUGUACCACGCGGUACAGGAGUGGCUGACCUCGCGAGGUCACGGUACUCUGCGGAGAGCUGGCUCCUGCACCAGUCUCUGUGAGAACCGCACCCCGACAGAGGUCAGCGUCACUGGUCUGCACGGCGUUAUGGUUUGAAUGGGGGACGUCACAUACGGCGUCAUUGUGUGAUGUGAGAGUGAUACGUCAUGUAUGACGUCAUGAUAUGAUGUGUGACGUCACAUGCGUCAUCAUAAUAUGAUGUGUUACAUCAUAUAUGACGUUGCGGUAUUACCUAUGUGUGACGCCAUACACGGCGUCAUAGUAAUAUGAUGUGUGACGACGUCAUAUGAAGUGUCAUGCAUGACGUCAUAUACGAUGUCGUGGGCUGAUGUGUGAUCCUUGUAUGCUGCAAUGUAUAAUGCCAUGUAUGACGUGAUGUAUGACCACAUGGUAUGAUGUGUAACGUCACAUACGUCGUCACGGCCUGAUGUGAGUCGUCGACACUACUUUGGCGCCAUGCUCUUCUCGGUGACGUCACUUAGGCAGAUUGUUGUUUGAUGUGUGACGUCAUUAUGACGUGUGACAUCAGCCACGUUGUGUCAUGACGCUAUUAUCAAUGCUUGUGAAUGGAGGUGAUCGGUGACGCACUAGCGCAGUGACUGAAACCGGUGUUUGACGGAACUGUGCGAUCAUUCAGUUGGCCAGUGUCGUGAUGUUAUAGGGCGACCAUGUGAUGUGACUGUAGUAUGAUAGGUAAAGUGACAUGAAAUGAGGGAUGUCGACACUAAAUACGUUGCUACCCAGCACCGACAUUGCAAGAAAGAGAGGACUACUCUCAUUUUACGGUUUGUGAAGCAUACGCGUCACAAAAGAGACUCUCGAAAAGUCAAACCCGCGUGUGGAAGGUGUGUUUUAAUCGUGGCACAUGGAGAUGAGAUGGGGCGCUUUCUUGAGAUGAGGUCACCUAAUGUGACAUGGUAAUAUGACCUCAGUUGACCUAGGUGACAUCUUCUGUGCGCAAGUGCAGAGAAGAUGUGUGAAAAGAUGUGCCAAAAAAGAAAAAGCAGACGAAUUAAACGCCCCAUUCCCUUUCCCGCCACGUCGAAGCUAAAAAGUCAACCGUUGAAGUGAGAUAUACAUCUUCACGGCUACGUUUGUAGUCAUUAUCUUGAUUAUGCCAUUAUGCAGUGGCAAUUUCAACUUUUGAUGACCUUUCCGUUUUCCAUUUAGUUCCGUAUUAGGGUUGUGAAUUGUGAUGAGAGAGAGAAAUCUAACAAUGUAGAGCAUCGCGCAAGCGAAGUGUGUUAUUUCUUAUGACGUAUUCGUGAUGAUAUCCUGUAUCCUGUAUGAUAAAGGCUUGCUGCUGCAUAUAAAAUCGCUUUUUGUGUAAUGAGAGGCUUAUCUCUUCAUAUUGUAACACAUUAAAAUGAGGUCGGAAUACACCAGACGAAUUCGUUAAAUUA